AUGAUCAUCGCCACCCUUAUCAUCGCCGCCUCCGCUGUUCUUGCCCAGGAGAUUGCCAGCACCUCAGGCCCCACCGUUUCCAGCGGAUCUACUGCCAUCAGUUCCCCCAACGUCAACAACGGCUAUCAGAUCCAAAACUCCAUCUCCAACUCUGGCAGCUCGGGAGGCAACACAUACUCUGGCAUCCAGGGCAGCGUUUUCAACACUGGCUACUCGAACUCGGCUAGCGUUGGUAACAACUUUAUCAACCCUGCGCAGACCAGCAUUCAGGGCAACAUUGGCUCAACCGUUAGCGGUCAAGGCAACAUCUUUGGCAGUGCAUUUGGUACUGGAAUUAUCCCUCCUUUCUUUGCUGGUGCCUUCCCUCGUGAUGCGCACUCCAACUACCACAAGCGCGAUUUGAUCAUCAACGGAGCCGCUCCCUAUGCCCACCCUGGACAUCCCGCCCAUCCCUAUUACGGCUAUCCUGGCUAUGCCUAUGGCUACUAUGUAUAUUACUAA